CCGCUGAUGUCCAGGACAAUGACGGCAUCUUACCAGCCGCGCAGGGCAUCUUCCCGCCGCCUGGAGAGUCCCUUCUCUUGGGGCUUCCUGGGGAUCCUAGUGCUGGCCCUAGAGCUCCUGCUACCCACAUGCUCAGAUGCCUGUUGUGAGCUGCCAAGAUUUGAAUCUAUGAAACCCAAGGAUGAUCCUACACCCCCUUACAAUCCUGGGUACCAGGUAAAAUAUGAGUGUCGCCCAGGAUACAGGCGUCGUUUUCCUCUUCUUCCUUCCUCUGCUGUUUGUCAGCCUGAUAACACCUGGGCACCUCCUCUCCAGGAGGCCUGUACAAAAAAGUCAUGUCCACAGCCAAGAGAACCUCCAAAUGGCAAAAUAGUCUACAUUAGCGAAACUCUGGAGUUUGGCGCACAAGCUCACUAUGCUUGCAAUGAGGGUUAUUCCUUAGUUGGAACAAAAAUUCUACAUUGCGAAGUCUCUGGAAACGAUGUGGAAUGGAGUGAGGAGCCACCACAUUGUGAAAAGAUUUUGUGUCAACCACCUCAACAAAUACCCAAUGGAGAAUUCAGCAAUAGCCACAAAGAUACAUUUGAAUAUAAUGAAGAAGUCACUUACAGUUGUAAGCCUUCAGAUGGACCAGAUGAAUAUUCCCUUGUUGGAGAGAGCAAGCUUGUUUGUUCUGGGCGUAACCAAUGGAGCCCUGAUCCUCCUGAGUGUAAAGUCGUCAAAUGUGAAUAUCCAGCGCUGGAGAAUGGAAAACUGGCGUCAGGAUUUGGAAAAAAAUUUCAGUACAAAUCAGAGGUUACUUUUGAAUGCCUGGAGGGAUUUUACCUUGAAGGCAGCAGCACUAUUGUCUGUGGAGCUGACAGUACUUGGGAGCCUAAGAUCCCAAAAUGUAUUAAAGAAGAUUCCAAGAAAAUGGUGACUCACCAAUUGGGGCCAAUGAUUUAG